AUGGUACACUCUGGUGUGAAUCCGAAGGCGUUCAGCACGAACAUUCCAGAGUUCGUUCAACUCGUCAAACUUUGCCGCGGUGCCGAGGCCACCUCAGUGAAGCACUUCUCCAGGAUGUUUCUUCUGGGUCGAGGGGUCCGCGGCCCUGAAGGCUUGAAGGCGGCGGUCAAGUACUGGGCCAAGCACAACUUCCGGAUAGGGGAGACGACGCUGAAAGGUUCGCCUCGACGUUCAGGAAGGGGCGCGCGCGUGCAGGCGGCGGGUCGGCGCUUGCGCAUCGCGAGCAGCGACGCCAUCUUUGCGACGCGCUUCGCGCAGGGCACUGAAUCCUUUGAGUUCGCGAGGGCCCCUACCGAGGCAAGUUCUGAUCAUGGAAUCAAGCCCUGGGUGACCGCGUGGGCGUCGAACUGCGAGCACCGCCAGGCGGAGGAGCACUUUGGGGCCAGCAAGCCCCAGUUCCUCGCGCAGAAGUUCAUGGCAAGGAGGAGGCAGAUUGAACCUCUAAUUAAGGAGUACAUCUUAGGGUGCGAGGCUCGCGGAGGGCAUUGUUUGCGCGUCAAGGUGUUGCAGAUCGUCGACGCCUACAGAGUGGAGUGCGGACCGAUCGAUUUCUCGAAGCGCCAGAACUUCGGAUACGCGUUUGUCAACAUGUCGAGCCAGGAGCACGCUCGGCGCACGAUCGCCGAACUCGACGGCGCCAGCUGGUGCCAGCCCGGCGAGGGGAAGGCAGUCGUGAGCUGGAGCCUCACCCAAGGCCUGGAUUUGCACGUCGAGCGCUACCGCAACAGCCCCGUCAUGCAUGAGGCCAUGCUGGACCAGUGCAAGCCGAUCGUGCUGGAGGGCGGUGUGCGGGUGGACUUCCCGCCGCCCACCAGGAAGGUGCAGCGCCUCCGCCGCCUGCGCACCCGCUGCGGGUCGCGGGGGCGCGGCGUGUCCUCGUCCGGGCUGAGCACGGUACUCGGCACGGAGGGGCACGGGGUUGCGGACGCGCCCGGCGCGCCCGCGGUCCCCUGCGUGCUGUUUCCGGGGCUGUCCAGCGCACCGGAGGGCGGCGCUGGCAAGGAGACGGACGCCGUCCUGGCCAGCACUCUCCUCGCUGGCCUGGUCCCGGAGGCCCCCGACCCGAGGAAGUCCGAAGCACUCAGCGAGUGCUCCGCCAGUGCAUCAGCGUCGCGCAGCAAGAAGGCCGCCUGGGCGGACCUGCAGGACGACCUCAACGAGGGGCGCAGCGAGUGUUCCACGCAGCCGCCAGGCUACUCCAGCAGCACCUUCUCAUCGGACGGGUCUGGCUGCUCCACGGACGGCUUGGCGGCCAGGUGGCGCGGCACAGGCACCUCGGCCCAGCCAUGGACAGGCUCGAUACUGGCAGGGGGCCUGAUGCCAGAGCUGCCAGAAGAGGCGGGCGCGCAGCUUUCCACAGGCUUACCUGUGCUUGGCUCACUCGUCGAGGUGGUCGGCACUUACCCGUCAGGCGCGCAUGCGGUCAUCGUUGCUACCGAUCAUGAGGAGGACACCUACACUAUCCAGUUGACGCACAAUGGCUGCCGCACCCGCCGUCAAAGGACAGUUAGGUGCAAGCAUGUCCGCCUUCUGCGUCACACAGAAGUGGGGCAGCUGCAGUAGAACAUCUGGCGUCUUAUAACUCGACUGCACGCAAGAGGUUCAUAGCAGGCAUGAGUGGAAUGCUUUGCACACAAACAUCUAUGCAUGGUAUGUAAUUCCGCCUAUUCACAUUCUGAAUGUUUUAAUGGGCAGGCAGGGAGGAGGGAUGGAGUGGAAGAGGGCAGCGUGCUUGUAGCAUCUGUUUUUUUUGUCACUGCCUUCUGGCAAUGGAAAUUAGUUGGCCUGCUGCACUGCUUAGUCAAUGGACGUUGGCUUCACCGUUAGUAACCGCUGCUAGAGAAAUACGUGGAACAGACGACACAUUGCUUUCGCCACCCUGGAGUGACACGGCGCAGCUGCUUUAGAGAGUUUCUCUAAGACUUCCUUUCGUCAGCUUCCUGCACGUGCAGGGCACCAAACGGCCCCGUGCGGCGGCAGGCAACUGCUCAAGUUGUAAUUAUGGAGGGGGCAUGUCCAACGGCACAUACAGAGCGAAAGAGGAGCGCAGAGAAG